GGAAGAAAUGUCCCAAAGUCCUGACUGUCCUUGUACAACUUCUUCAGCUGGCAACACAGAACAGGUACAGAAGUUGGGUUUUCAUUUUGAAAUUACCAAACAUUUUGGCUGGAUUUAAAACUAGUUUCCUUUCAUGGGUGUUUUCUCUCAUAGAACAAUCAUUUAAGUGGAGAUAUCUCUGUGAAGUAAUCAAGGGCAGUAUGGUGUUGACUUGUAUUUAUUUUCUGUUUCAGAUCAGAGCUGAAAAUGAUCAGGAUCAGAUGACAACGAGUGUCCCAAAUGAGAUAGACCCUGUCCUGGAUUCACUCCCCAUCAAUUCAGAGGAAUUGGAGGAAGAAAUGUCCCAAAGUCCUGACUGUCCUUGUACAACUUCUUCAGCUGGCAACACAGAACAGAUCAGAGCUGAAAAUGAUCAGGAUCAGAUGACAACGAGUGUCCCAAAUGAGAUAGACCCUGUCCUGGAUUCACUCCCCAUCAAUUCAGAGGAAUUGGAGGAAGAAAUGUCCCAAAGUCCUGACUGUCCUCAUACAACUUCUUCAGCUGGCAACACAGAACAGUGUCAAAAACAUCACUUGAUGUGCACAACAGUAUCCUCUUUGGAGAAGUGUACUCAGUGUUUUGGACCUUGUUCUUCAUUCAAGUGGGUUGGCUACCAGUGCAAAGGUUGUUCAAAAGUCUGGCAUUCAUCCUGCCUUAAACAAAUUAUAAAGGAUGAUGGAUCUCAGGCAAAAGAACUGUUUAAGUAUUCCAUAGCUGACUCCUCAUCAGAUAACAACACAUCACCUUCCAAAGAAUGUGAAAUGUCAGAUGAUGACCAUGCAUCUGAUAUUGACUACAUACCAAAUUCAGAAUCUGCAGAAGCUGAUGAAGACUCAGAUGUUAGCAUCCCUCUUCAGCCCAUCAAGUCUAAAGUUGGACAACUUCAAGGAAACCCAACAAUACCCGAUCUCACUUCAUUCUUGCCAGACUCAAGUUCUGUGGUUGAACCUUGCACAUCAAAUUACUGGCCUCCUUUUCACACAGAUGAUAUGGGUGAUGGCACAUUCGAAACAUUCAGCCCAGCCAAGUCUACCAAAGACUCAAACAAUAAACCAAAAAGUCAAAAGGAGCUUCACAAACAGGAAUCCUCACAGCAUAUUUUGAGUGCUAAGAACUAUUGCUUUGUAUGUGGUAGGCCACAGAGCAAAAUUUCACGCCAUUUAAAAACCCACAAGACACAUGCUGAAAUUGCUUAUGCCUUUUCCCUUCCGGAAGACUCAAAAGAGCGCAAUGUUCUUCUAGAAAAAAUGAGAAACAAGGGGAACUUCAAACAUAACUGUGAGGUUUUACAAAGUGGGAAAGGAUCGUUGAAAGUUAAGAGAAAGCCAAAAGCAAAGACUGGAACAUUUAUACAUUGUAUGUACUGCCAAGGUAUGUACAUUCGAAAGGAACUAUGGAGACAUGUGCAAAGAUGCCCCUGUAAGCCACAAAAUGAAGAUUUGAACCAAGGACAUGGAAGAACCAAAGUACUGGGUUUUGCUAUGGCUCAAGAGUCUGCAUUCUGUCAAGAGAUUUCAAGUGGGGUUUGGAAGCUCCUCGGUCCCAUGAAGCAGGAUGAUGUAGCCACAGUUGUGAGAAAUGACCUGACCAUUAUUCAGUUUGCCCAGUCUCUCUACAACAGACAUGGACAAGACCCUACUAAGUAUGAGUACAUCCGACAGAAGCUCCGUGAAAUUGGACGUCUGUUAAUAUGUCUACGGUCUGAAUUCUCUAUACAUAACUUGGAGGAAGCUGUGAAACCUGCUAACUUCCAAAGAGUUGUCCAGGCAGUAAAGAUUGUCUGCGGUUUUGAUGAAGAAAAGCAUUCAUACCAAACACCAAGUCUUGCACUAAAACUGGGACAUACACUACAGAAAAUCAGUGACAUUAUCCAUUGCCGAGCGCUCAUGGCAGAAGAUGAAGAACUGAUUAAGUCAACAGACACUUUCAAAAAGCUGUAUACAUCCAAGUGGUCUGAGUUAGUGUCACAUACUGCCUUGAACACUCUGAGUCAUGCCAAAUAUAAUAAGCCAUUAACCUUACCAUUCACAGAAGAUGUUCAGAGUCUUCAUAGGUACCUUAAGAAAUCUGGAGAAAAUGCAUUUUCUAACUUGAAAGAAGAGGUCAGCCCCCAGAAUUAUGCAGAACUUGCAAAAGUUACUCUUGCACAGGUCAUUGUGUUCAAUCGAAGACGAGCUGGAGAAGUCUCAAAGAUGCGUCUCAGAGGUUUCCAGCAGAGAGAUGACUCCAAGCUCCAUGAAGAUGUUGCUGCUGGAUUGUCCAAGGUUGAAAAAAGGCUCUGUAGCUACUUCAGCCGUGUUGAAAUAAUUGGAAAAAGAGGUCGAAAAGUUGCGGUUCUCCUUUCUCCAGAUGUGGUGGAUGCUCUGACUCUGCUGGUCAGCAAAAGAGAGCAAUGUGGUGUUUGCUCCACAAACAUCUUUCUUUUUGCCCGACCAAGAUCUCAAAGUCACUACAGGGGCCAAGACUGUUUGCGUGUUUAUGGAAGCCAAUGUGGGGCGAAGCAUCCCGAGUUCCUCAGGUCCACGCAACUCAGGAAGCAUGUUGCCACAUUGUCACAAGUCCUCAACCUCAAAAAUAAUGAAAUUGACCAGGUGGCUGACUUCCUGGGACAUGAUAUUCGUGUCCACAGGGAAUUUUAUCGCUUACCUGUGCCAACAACACAACUGGCAAAGAUUUCUAAGCUUCUUUUGUCCAUGGAGAAAGGACACGUAUCUACCCUGCAAGGAAAAUCCCUUGAUGACAUCGAAAUCGAAGAUGAAAUAGAACUAAGUGAGGAUGAAGAAAAGGAAGAUUUAAGUGAUUUGGAUGACUGCGAUUCUGUGGAACCUGAGGAACCCGUGGAAACCGUGGAAUCUGUGGAACCUGAGGAACCUGUGGAACCUGAGGAACCUGUGGAACCUGAGGAACCUGUGGAGCCUGUGGAACCUGAGCAAAGCAAGAAUAUGGAUGAUUUGUUGGGAGCAGUGUCAUCGACAGCAGAGGAAACUGUCCCUCCUGUUGAAGAGACCUCCUCUGCUGCACCCAGAAGACAACCAAAAAAACCAUGGUCAAGUGCUGAGGUUUCUGCUGUUAUGAGGCAUUUUAAAGCUCACAUAGGUAAAGGAAAACUUGCCACUAAAAAUGAGUGCAAACACUGCAAGUUGGUGGAAGGUCCUGUGCUGGCUCAAAGAACAGCACAAAAUAUCAGGGACUUUGUGAGAAACCGUGGAAUAACUGCUAUGAGGCAGGCACAAAAGAAAAGGCUCUAGAUUUUAUG